CGGAUCUCUUGUUUUGAGUCCUUCGGAUCCGAAGUGUUUUCAUUUUUUGGGUGAAAUGAUUGUUUGUUUAUUUGUUUCUCACUGGUUAAUCAAAUUAUUUUGAAUUAAAUUGUGUUGGAAUUAUGGAUCAGAGAGAUGAUUAUUUUGCUUCAAGACGUCCAAAGGAGGAAUUGGCAAUUCGUGGAGUUUUAGAUGUUUGGGAUUCAUCACCGAAAAAGCCGAUCGAUGAUAGUGAUGAUGAUGAAGAAGAAAGAAAAAUUGAUCAACCAACUGGAUCUAAACGUAAAGUUGACAAUUCACAAUCAAGUGAGAGUGAGAUUGAUUUAAAGGCUAAAAAGAGUAAAAAAAGUCGGAAGAAAGGUAAGUGUACUCAAAAAAAACACAAACAUAAAUCAAAGAAGUCAAAGAAGUCAAAGAAAAGCCAUAAACAUAAACAUCGAUCAAAGAAACGAAAACGGACCAGUAGUAGCAGUGAUAGUGAGGUUAGCAGCAGAUCGGAAGAUAGUGAUGUUGAUAGAGAGAAAGAAUUGAAACCAGUUGGUCAGUAUGAUGAAGAACGAGAAUUUCUUGAAGAAAUGAUGGAAAAACAGAAGCUGAAAGAAGGUGAUGGUUCACAGGAUUCAGAUGAUUCACAAAUUGGUCCAUCACCCAAAGGAUCGGUUGCACUAAUGUACGCGAAUUGGGUCGGGCUCUUUUACCGGUGAAGGAGCGGCUAUGGCUGCUUUGUGGCCGAAGGUAAAAGGAUUCCCAGAAGAGGAGAAAUCGGUUUAACCAGUGAUCAAAUCGAAGCGUAUGAAGAUGUUGGUUAUGUGAUGAGUGGUUCUCGUCAUCGUAGAAUGGAAGCCGUUCGGUUGAGAAAAGAAAACCAAAUCUACAGCGCCGACGAGAAACGAGCCUUGGCCAUGUUUAAUCGUGAUGAGCGUGCGAAACGUGAAAAUAAGAUUUUAUCACAAUUUAAAGAAAUGAUCAAAGCCAAGCAGGAUAAAUGAUUCAAGUUUUGCUCUUUCACAAAAUUUGACUUUCUCCUUGUAAAUAUUUAUAAAUAGAUUCCAUCAUGAUACCUGAACAAUCCGCCUUCAUGGACCAGUCAACAUGUUUAUUACCUGUAUAAUAAUUGAUUCUCACCAACUGACCAUAAAGGAUGUCAAUUUUAAGAUUAAAAAUAUUGCAAAUCAA